ACAACACUUUGAUAAUAGAGACAAACAUAUAAAAAUAGAUCCUAUACACAAAAAAUAAUUCUAAUUACGAAAUCUUUUGUUACAUUUUCAAAGAGAAUUUAGGAAAAAAAAAAGAAAUUCAUAUGAAUGGAGACAAAUAUCAGAAAUAGGAGAUAAUUGGGUGAUUGAAACCCUAAUCCUACAUAUUCCGAUGCUAAAUCGGCUGUAAUUUUUGAAUUGUUUUCAGCUUAAAUUUAAUCUCCGAUUGGCGAGGAAAAUGCCUUCGAACGCGGAUGUAGAUCGGCAGAUCGAGCAAUUGAUGGAGUGUAAGCCGCUGGCGGAAGCGGAGGUGAAGAUACUGUGUGAUCAAGCGAGGGCUAUACUUGUGGAGGAAUGGAAUGUGCAGCCGGUGAAAUGUCCAGUAACUGUUUGCGGUGAUAUUCAUGGACAGUUCUACGAUCUCAUCGAGCUUUUUAGGAUUGGUGGAAAUGCUCCCGAUACCAAUUAUCUCUUCAUGGGCGAUUAUGUUGACCGUGGAUACUACUCCGUGGAGACUGUUACACUCUUGGUUGCUCUGAAGGUCCGGUAUAGAGAUAGAAUCACGAUUCUUAGGGGAAACCAUGAAAGCCGGCAAAUCACUCAAGUGUAUGGUUUUUAUGAUGAAUGCUUGAGGAAGUACGGAAAUGCCAAUGUUUGGAAGUACUUCACUGAUCUUUUUGAUUAUCUCCCGCUGACAGCACUAAUAGAGAGUCAGAUAUUCUGUUUACAUGGAGGACUCUCCCCUUCUUUGGAUACGCUGGACAAUAUACGAUCAUUGGACCGUAUACAAGAGGUUCCACAUGAAGGACCAAUGUGCGAUCUUCUGUGGUCUGACCCAGAUGAUCGUUGUGGUUGGGGAAUAUCACCCCGAGGAGCUGGUUACACCUUUGGACAGGAUAUUGCAUCUCAGUUCAACCACACCAAUGGGCUUACUCUGAUUUCUAGAGCCCAUCAGCUUGUCAUGGAGGGUUUUAAUUGGUGUCAGGAUAAGAAUGUUGUGACAGUAUUUAGUGCUCCAAACUAUUGUUACCGGUGUGGCAACAUGGCUGCAAUUCUAGAAAUAGGCGAAAACAUGGAGCAGAAUUUCCUUCAGUUUGACCCAGCUCCACGGCAGAUAGAGCCUGACACCACAAGGAAGACUCCUGAUUACUUUUUGUGAUCCCAAUGCUUGCACUAAUUGUUUGUAGUUCAUCAAAUGUCGUAUUGCUGUAGAUGUGUCUUAAAAAAGAGUUCUGUCAUUUGAGGAUUAUCAUCAUUCUUUUGUGUUGUAGUCGUUCUGCUGGCUUUGAAUGUGUGCCAGAGGUUCAUCAGAGAGUUGAGAAGAGGCACUGAAGGUUUAUCAUGUAUAUUCUUUUCUAAAAGGGAGUAGCAAUAACAUGGUGCACUGUGUUCUAUAAA